AUGUCCAACUCCGAAAUAGCUUUAGUUGUGAAGAACACUGAAGAGAAAGCCGCUGCACGUAAUCGUGAUUCAAACUCAGAGGCUACAGUGGAAAUUUCAAGCAUGAAAAAUGAAGAUGGAUCGAGUAGAAAAUUGUCACCACCCAAAGAGGAAAGUCAUGAUCCUCAGGAGUCUUUCUUUCAAAAGUGGAAGAAGAUAUUUGUAGCAUCAUGUGUGUUUGCUCUUCUGCUGGAUCCAUUGUUUCUCUACGUUCCUAUGCUCAAGGAUGAUGUCAAGUGCCUGCAAUCAGACAGAAACUUGAAGAUAGCAGCUCUUCUUUUAAGAUCAUUCACUGAUCUUUUCUAUAUAUUUGACAUUAUUUUUCAAAUCUAUAGAUCUGAUUACUUUGCAGGUUUAAUGAAUGAAUAUCGUCGCAGACAGUACUUCAACUACUCAAAAAUAAAAUUUUGUUGCGAGCAUGUUGUGCCAACAAUAGCUAAGACAAUCUGGGGGUCAUAUCAUAUCUUAAUUGAUAUUUUGGCUAUUCUUCCGCUUCCUCAGGUAGCAAUUCUCAUUUUCUUUUCAGAAAUGAGGGACUUGAGAUCUUUGAACACAAUAAGGAUGGUUAUUAUGAACCUUUUUGUUUUGUUGCAAUAUGUGCCACGAAUUCUUCGCAUCUACUUAUCAUGUAAAGAACUUAAAAGGACUCCAAAAAAAGAGACUGGAGAGACUGCCAAAUGGGUUAAAGGUGUCUUGAAUUUCUUUAUGUACAUCAUCGCUAGUCAUAUAUUUGGUGCCAUAUGGUACUUUUUGGCUAUUCAAAAAAUGGCCACUUGUUGGCAAGAUGCAUGUCGAAAAGCAAAUGGAUGUGACACUAGUAACUUUGGAUGUCAUGACCAUCACACAUUCAGAAAUAUAACAUUUCUAAAUGAUUUGUGCCCUAUAAGUCUGGUGAAUACAACGCUCUUCGAUUUUGGUAUAUAUAUUACAAUCCUUCAAUCUGGUAUACCGGGGUCAACAAAUUAUUUUGAGAAGUUCUCCAAGUGCUUUUGGUGGGGCCUGCAAAAUUUGAGUUCUUUUGGUUCAAACCUUGCGCCUAGUAUCAAUGGAUGGGAAACCCUCUUCGCGGCUUGCACUUCUAUUAUUGGCUUGCUUUUAUUCUUAUAUCUCAUUGGAAAUUUGCAGGCAUACAUGCAGUUUGAUACCACAAGAAUAGAGGCCCAUAGACACAAGAUGAAAGUGAAACGGAAGAUGAAAGAGAAAGGUCAAGAGAUAGAGCCGUGGUUAUUGGGCAUCCCCGAAAGGUUGAACAAGGAUAUUAAAUUGCAGAUCAUGGACAAGGUUCGACAAGAACUUGAAGAAGACAGGGAUGCUGAUUUGGACUUUAUCCUCUCUACUUUUCCCUCGGAGCUUCGAAACCAAAUUAAAAGUUAUAUGCCUAUCACUAGGUUGAAGCAAGUGCCAAUAUUUCAAGACAUGGAUGAAAGCGUGUUGAAAGCAAUCUGUCAGUAUCUUAAGCCAAAGAAGUACACUAAAAACGAUAUCAUUACAAAAGAGGGUGAACCACUUAAAAUGAUGCUCUACAUUGUGGACGGAUUUGUAAACAUUGAAGAGAGAGAUGGUUCUAAUAACUUGCAACGAGGUGCAGGAGAAGUAUAUGGAGAAGAACUUCUAAGUUGGCCAUUGUCGAACUCAUUUCCCGUGGAAUUACCGUCAGCAACGUUGUCUGCUACGGCAGUAGGUGAUGUUGUAGCCCUUGCUCUCACUUAUAGCAACUUAAAGAAUGUGGUCUUUGAAUUCGGAAGGCAAUAUUUCUUUGGGAUGAUUACAUGUCAAAAAUUUAGUGCAAAAGUAGUUGAAAAGGCAACAAACACUUACGACGUAAGUAAAAUCAUCAGAAAAGGAAUCUCUACAAGCGUUUACAAAGGGGUGCUGCCAGAUAAAACAGUGGUUGAGGUAAAGACAUACAGAGUAAAUUGUUCCUAUGAUGAUUAUCCAUAUUUGGUUAAACUGGUGGCUGUUGCUUCUCGUACCAACCACAUAAAUUUGGUGAGGCUCUUGGGUUGUUGUUUGGAAAAAAAAACAAUUGCACUGGUUUCUGAGCACAUUCCGAAUGGCACUCUUUUUGAACACAUUCAUGGAAAAGAAGGCAAAGUAUCAUCACCACUUUCAUUGGAGUUACGAAUGAAGAUAGCAUCAGAAACCGCAGGAGCCCUAGCUUACUUACGCUCAUUAACUACCACGCCAAUCUUACCCUCUUUUGUGUCGACAAGUAGUAUACUUUUGGAUGAUAAUUGCACUGCAAAGUUGUGCAGGUUUGGACUUAGAUUUGUGCCCAACAAUAGCAACAAUAGCCGGUUUUCAUUGUUAUCUAUAAGGCGAGGAUGCUUCGACCCUGAAUCAAAGACACUAAUUGAAAAGCUUGACGUCUAUGGCAUUGGAGUUGUCCUAGCGGAGCUACUAACCGGUCCGAAUGCAAUUUCUUCAAUCGGGAAGCGUGACUUGGAGAAGCUGAAAAUCUUAUUUCUAUUUCUAGUAGAAGAGGAUCGCUUGAAUGAAAUUCUCGAUGGUAAAAUAAUAGUGAAGGAAGGAGAUUUUGAGACAGCCAAAAAAGUGGCCCAUCUGGCAACAAGAUGUUUAAGGUAUGAGGAGGAGGAAAUGCCUUCCAUGAAAGAAGUAGUCGCGGAGCUUGAGGGAAUAUUGCGCAAUCUUAGGGCAGAGCAAGGUGGAGAAGCUAGCUUCUCUUGA